GUGGACAGAGACGACUAGAAUUUAAAUGUGACUUUUAAGGUCAUGCGUAUACAUUAAAAAAGGGUAGAGCAGAGUCACGGAGAACUCAGAACGUUUUUAGACAUGGCUUCGUACGUUAAGUACUUAGUUUUUAUUUGUUCUUCCGUCGUUGUGCUCGCGAGAGCAGACGAUCGCGUGCACUUCAACGAUGAACACGAGAAACGAUGGAACACACCACCAGAACUGACACCAGAGCAGGUUACCAGGAAAAAGGUAGAGACGAUAAAUGGAAGAGCUGAGGCACGAUUUCUUCCAUUCAGUGCAAGCUUCAACAUAAACUCUGGCCAGGACAAUAGCGAGGCUUUGCAAUUGGGAGCGAGCCUCGGGGGUAUCAGUGUAUCUCACAGUUCUAGUUUCUCUCAGGUUGCAACCAAUUCCUUCGGGAAUACAGGAUCUUCGUUAUCUGCUAGUCAAUCUUCGUCGUUCGCUGCAGGAUCGGCAGGAAUUUCUGCAUCGAAUGCUAAUUCAUUUAGCGUUGGUCAAACAAGUGCUUCCUCUCAAGCAAACGCACAAAACGGCCAGGCAAGUUCUGGUUCGCAGGCAUCGAUCGGUUCUUCCGUGCAAGUUCUCUCCGAUGGUUUGAUACUAGGACAACCUCAAGGUUCAAGAAAACCAAUUUGGACCAACAUCGGACCUAAUCAUGAUUUUCCUGGUCACCCAAUCUCCAACAGACCAACAUUAACUAUACAAGAAGCACCAAUCACCGCCACUAGCAGCAGCAGCAGCAGCAGCAGCAGCAGCAGCAGCAAUGGACCGAAACGACCGAUAACGUUAACGUUAGGUGGCUACGAUUCGCGCUGGCAACAAAAUAGACCACAACUCGAAACGAACGAAUGGUAUCCUAACGGGGGAAGCAACUUUCAAGGACAUCAGUGGAGGCCACAUUCAAAGCACGAGUAUGCUCAAGGCUAUCCGUCGAUUCCUAACUCGUGGUUGCAGGGUCAAGGACAGUCAACAAGCGGAGGUUCUGCUAAUUCCGCAGCUCAUGCUCAUGGAUUGAUUACUUCGGUUCAUCGAAAUCCUUAUGGACGAAACGAUGGCAACUUUGCUAAUGUCAAUUCCAUGAAUCAAGGUGGACUAUCUAUGGACUUUGUCAAAUUUCCUAGACAAACUCAUAUUCAAAGUAUACCAAGAGAAUUUGUCAGGAGCAAACAAACGUUCAAUGGCAAACAUCGAAAAGAAGAAACGGAUCUUGUAGAAGGUAUCGUAUCGGACAUCGCAGAUACGGUAUCGGAUUUGUUAGAUAUUUCGUAAUUUUAUUUCUUUUGAUCUACCGACACUAUAUUUUAGUGAUAAUUCAUUCAUUUGACUCACGAUCGUAGAGUUCGAUAGAUGAUUAACGAUCUGUUCAUUAUUUCCUUCUCAACGUUAUCUCCUUAUUCGAGGAUGCCAUUCCGAGAAAUUGAUCCACCUUGAGAGAUACAAAGAAUUAAUUAAUAUUCUCAUAAAUCUCUCUGCACAGGGAUGCAAAUUAUUAUUUAUCGUAGCGUUGUAAACGCUCUUUCAUUCAAAAUAUGAUCAAGUGCGUUUGCAAUUAUAGCAUUUAUAUAUAUUCUAUGAAUCAAAGUAUCGAGAAAUUGUAUUGAUUGUCCCAUUUACGUCACUGCAAGAUGCGUCAAAUAGGUUCCGGCGUUUAAACAGGUGAAGGUCAAAAUGCACCACAAAACCAACGAAAGAUAAUAUCGUUCGCGCUUCUAUUAAAUGAUGGUACAAAAGAUUUCCUCCUUAACAUCUGUACGUACAUCUUUACUAACAUAAGAUAAAAUAGAAGAAAAAAUAAUUAUGAAAACUUUUACUAGUCCUCUCAAAGUACUACCGAAUAUAUAAAAUUAGAAAAAAAUUCGAAACCAUUUACUAGUACUAUAGUAAUAAUAAUAUUAAUAAUUAUAAUAAACAAGGGACAUGCCAAGUUAUUAUGUUGCAACGAUAAAUACAAAUGGUUUAUUAUUAGUAUUA